AUUAUAUAUACUCUUAAAAAUUAUAAACAUGGAUUCAAAUUUGAAGAAUUUGAAAUAUCGGCAAUUGCAUAAAGUUAUUUUAAAAUUACGUCCUCUUGAACAAUACUAUGAUAGUACCAUGCAUGAAAAUAAAUUAGAAACGCAUAAUGAUGUACAAAAGAUUUGUGAAGGUUUUCUGAAGGCACUUAAAAACGAUUUGAGUCUGGAGGAAAUAACGUCGUUGUAUUCAGCUGCAAUUAUGUUGUUACUUCUGGGUGAUCACGAAAUACAGAAUCGACGCCUUGAACUACUGAACGAUUGUUUAAAUUAUUCAGAUACAUUAAAGCCAACAAUGAUUGACUAUAUAACUCGGGAAUUAAUUGACAACUUUAAAUAUGCAGCCAGCCUUGCUGAAAGCAAUACGGAAUAUGAUUAUAUGCUUUAUUUUCUAUGGGCGAUGCCGCAUAUAAUAACAGCAAGCGAAACGGGGAAAAUGAUUUCACUAGGCCUUCUGCGUUCUUUUAUAGCGGAACUGGCAAAUUGGACUCCAAUUGUGAUGCACAUAUAUAGAAAUAUCUUAGAAGUCUGGACAAUGAUAAGGGCCGUAAACAUGGAGACAAUUUUGGGCGAAUGGUCAGUGCAAAAGGUUUACACAUUGUUGAAAAGCUUCAGCCUAAUUUUGUCAACGGCUGCGCUUAACAACAAAAAUUCAACUUUAAGGCAAGCUGGAUACCGAGGCUUUGAAUUGCCUCCAGCAGAGAUAGAGAAUGAAAUAUCCGAGUGGUUUAGAACGCUUAGAAACAAGCUGGAAGAGAAGCACAAAUCAGAUGGAAAGAAAUCCAACUUAAUGUUGGUGCGCUUCAUUGACUAUAAUAUACUUUGCUUUUUAUCAGAGGCGGGCAAUGAAAUCGCUUCAGAGGCUGGCAACGAAGUGUCUCAUAAACGAAUAAGUUUUUAACGAGGUACAUCCUCGAUAACCACGGCGCUGUUGUAAUACUUGGAGGAGAUUCGAUUGA